AUGAGAACCUUCAGGAAGUCCGUCGGGGUAAAUCUGCGGAUCGUGAACCAGCAAAGCGACGAGGCCAUUGUUGAGCUCGAUUACCCUAUAGAUGUUGAUGAACACAGGGAACGUGGGCUGGACCAUGGUGCUUGGAUUCCACACAUGCUCAUGUAUCCAGAGGUCGAUAUUUCGGUUUGUCAACUCUCUCUUCAGUCAAAAAAUGAUGGUAGUUGCCAUUACAACAUGGAAAAGGCUUUCGCCCCUCUCAAGGAUGAAGGUGUUCUUAUCAUGGGUUCCGGUGCCUCCACUCACAACUUGAUCACCCUUUCAAGCAAUGUGGACAGUGCCGGUGGUGUUUUUCCAUGGGCUUUGGAGUUUGAUAAUUGGGUUAAAGAUACUAUCCUUCGUGGAAGGUACGAAGAUGUGAACCAGUUUCAAGAGAAAGGACCGUAUGCGAAGAUGGCUCACCCUUGGCCAGACCACUUCUACCCUUUGCAUGUAGCCAUGGGUGCUGCCGGUGAAAAUGCAAAGGCGAAACUUCUCCACCAAAGCUGGCAACUUGGUUCUCUUUCCUAUUAUUCUUACCAGUUCACAUCAACCUACUGAUGUUCAUUAAAAAGCUGCUCUGCAAUACCUUCUCUUUAUUCCAUCAAUUUUUAUCUAAAAUAAAUUCCAUACAACAAAGACUAAAGUGCAAGCUCUUUGUUC